AUGUCGUGGCAAAACUACGUCGAUGACCACCUUCUCUGUGACAUCGAAGGUAACCGCCUCACUCACGCCGCCAUCAUCGGCCAAGACGGCGUCGUUUGGGCUCAGAGCGGCGGCUUCCCUCAGUGCAAAGCUGAGGAAAUAUCUGGAAUCAUGACUGACUUUAAUGAGCCUGGAUCGCUUGCUCCAACUGGAUUGUAUCUCGGUGGCACCAAAUAUAUGGUCAUCCAGGGUGAGCCUGGCUCUGUCAUUCGAGGGAAGAAGGGUCCUGGUGGUGCUACUGUCAAGAAGACAAAUCAGGCCUUGAUCAUUGGUAUUUAUGAUGAGCCAAUGACUCCUGGUCAAUGCAACAUGGUAGUUGAAAGGCUUGGUGAUUAUCUCAUUGAACAGGGUCUCUAA